AUCAUCACAAUUCACCAUCAUACACACUCACAGUCAAAACCCUUCGCCGUUUCCCUUGUUUUUCCCUUUCAAUUUUAACUAAAAUCAUGCUUCUCAGAGCUUCUCCGACCAUCUUCUUGCCGAACGGCGCCACCGCAGGUGCCGGCGAGAAUUUCAGCGGUUCUAUGCUUUCUAUGCUCUCCUCUUCCUCUGUUUCCUCUCCGUCGGCUAUCGUUUGUUCGGCGGCUAAAGGUGGUGCUUCAAACAAUAGACCACUUACAGGCGUUGUGUUUGAGCCGUUUGAGGAGGUGAAAAAGGAGCUCAAUCUCGUCCCUACUGUCCCUCAACAGUCUCUUGCUCGUCAAAAGUACGCCGAUGACUCCGAAUCCGUGAUUAACGAACAGAUCAAUGUUGAGUACAAUGUUUCCUAUGUGUAUCAUGCGAUGUAUGCCUACUUUGAUAGGGACAACGUUGCUCUCAAGGGAUUAGCCAAGUUUUUUAAGGAGUCCAGUGAAGAAGAAAGGGAACAUGCUGAAAAGUUCAUGGAGUACCAGAACAAACGUGGUGGGAAGGUGAAGUUGCAGUCUAUUAUAAUGCCGUUGUCCGAGUUUGAUCAUGCAGAGAAAGGAGAUGCACUUUAUGCCAUGGAGCUUGCAUUGUCACUGGAGAAAUUAACAAAUGAGAAACUUCUACAUGUUCAUGCGGUAGCCAGCAAGAACAACGACGUGCAAUUAGCUGAUUUUGUUGAAAGCGAGUUCUUGGGUGAACAGGUCGAGGCAAUCAAGAAGAUAUCUGAAUACGUUGCUCAGUUAAGAAGAAUCGGCAAAGGACAUGGAGUUUGGCAUUUUAAUCAGAUGCUUCUCAACGAAGGUGCUGCUGUUUAACCAAAUGAAGAAGGCUGGGUACAUUUUGGUUAGUGGUAAACCAGAAAGUGCAAAGAUGGAGACUAGUUAUAUAGGUUCUCUAUUCCACUAUUAUGCUUUGUUACAAAUGUUUUUCGAGAGUCUGACCUUCAGUAGUUUAGUCUCUGGUUGAUAUUUUGAAUAAUUAGAACCAUGGAAAAUGGGUUUUUUUUGUCUGAAUUUCAUAUUUCUUACACUUAUUGAUAACCAACAUCCUUUUCUUGGCUGAA